GUCGCAUUCGCUGUGAGAUAAGAACAUGUCACUCUCUGAAUAUGGUGACUCCUAGUAGUAAACCAAAACCCCAGAAGAAAUCUGUGAAGCCGAAACAAGCCGUGGACAAAGCUGCGAAAGCUCCUGUAAGCCAGCAAUAUGUCGUGGACUCGGACGACGAGGAUGCAGCACCGGAAGACCGCAGUGUAAAGAAGGUCAACGUUCCGGUCAUUAAUACUGUCUCGAAGAAAGCACCGAAUGGAUUCAAGCACAAGAAGCCCGAAGCUGAGACUUCUGUCAAGUUCAAACACAACAAUCAUGAAGCUACUAAGUCUGAGCGCAAGAACGAGGUAUUACCGCCAAGGAAGCCUAACAAGGUGCCUGCUCCGGUCAAUGGUGUGAAGCGAUCCUCGCCCGAAGCAAAGCUUCCCACCGAUAGCUCUGAUGAGGAGAGCGAGGAGUCUGCGGAGGAUGAGCCUCCUGCCAAGCGGCCGAAGGUGGAGAGAGUGCCGAUGAAGCAGGACGUUGAAGGUGUAUCCGAGGAGGAUGCGGAAGACGAAGAUGACGAGGAGGACGAGGAUGACGAGGAUGACGAGGAUGACGAUCAAUCCGAAGAAGAGGGCGAGGCAUCCGCCAAAUCUACGAUUCAGACCAAAGCUGCGGUGACCGACACAUCCAAGCGCAUUGAUUCUGGCGAUGGUGACGGUGGGAACGCAGAGAUGGAAGAUGCGGAAGACGACGAAGGCGAGGACGAGGAGCUUGGAGAUGCUGUACAGGUAACGAACCGGUCUACGGCCGCUGCGGAAGAAGAACACCAAGUCCAGGACAAGCACAUAGCGGCGAAAGAGUUCAGACCUCCACCAGGCUACGUCAAGGUCGAUACCUCCAAACACAGCGCGACGCAGACAUUCUCCGACCUCAAUCUUUCAGGCAAACAGAUAUGGCACAUUAGCGCACCUUUUGAUCUACCUCUGUCCACGAUCACGGAGGUAGCAAUGGAUGCGAUCGAGUCAAGGAUGCCUGUGCUCAGUCACAAGGGUACAGACUACCUUCUCACCGAGGCGGCCAUAUCGUCAAACCACAGUACUGUUUUUACACCGGACUCGCAAGGCUUCAGACCUCUCGGUGUUCCGGUAGCAAGGUCACUCAGCAUUCAACAGAGCAUCUCACUACCAAACCUGAGCCUCAAACAAGCCAGCCAAAACACUGGCAGCUCCGCAGCCGGCAAUAUUGCUCGGGCGCCUGUCAGCACUGUACGCCCGCAGCCGAAGGGUCUACGAAUGCGAUAUCGGCCGCCUGGCUACGGUAUGGGCGACCCCGGCAGGAUAGGGUCUGGCUCGGACAGUGCGGAUGACGAGGAGGAGGAGGGCAAGUCUAAGGGUGCGGCGUCCAUUCAAUUCCCGAAAGCGCUGGGCGGUGCGCAGGAACAACAGACGCCGGCGACUGCGAAGCCCAAGAAGAAGCGGAAGAGCGAAACGAGAAAUCUGACAACGGCUUCAGGAGGGGCGGUGGAGCAGCGGACUCCCGCAACUCCGAUGCCUAAGAAAAGGCGGAAAAGUGACAUUGAAGAACCAAUCACUGACAGCCCGCUGGUCAACGGUACUACGCCCAAACCGAAGAGGGCUGCGAUUGAAGCAUCGCACCAGGGCGGCACCAGUGCUUCGGUUGCCGCAACUCCAGCGCAAAAGGUUGUGGCGCCGGAGGCAGCUGAACUUAGCAUGGCGGACAGGGUGACGCCGAAGAAGCUGAGCAAGGAGGAGAAGGCGAGACGGAGAGAAGAGAAGAGGUUAAGACAAGAUGCAGAUGUCAAGAUGAAGACAGCAUAGUAAAUAUCACUCUCUCCGUGUAUGUAGUAUGUUCGGAAGCACAGUUUCUCCGGUU